UUGCCUGGUCUCCAGCACUGCUCUGGCCGGGGCUGUGGAGCGAUGUCGUCCGUUAUGGAAGGUUCCGAGUGGGGAGAAGAUGGGGAAAACCUCCGCUAUGAGGAGACAGAAGAUGAAAAUGUCAGUCCCACCGACCUCUCGGAGCUACUGAAGAAAGGGACUAAGGAAUCCCACGAUCGUGCGACGAAUACCCAGUUUGUCAAAGACUUCCUGAAAGGGCGGAUCAAGAAGGAGGUUUUCAAGCUGGCUACUGUGGCGCUCUACUUCACGUACUCCGCUCUGGAAGAGGAAAUGGACCACAACAAAGACAACCCAGUCUUUGCCCCUCUGUAUUUCCCUCUAGAGCUCCACCGGAGAGAAGCGUUGGUCAAAGACAUGGAGUAUUUCUAUGGCGAAGACUGGAAAGAGAAGAUCCAGUGUUCGGAGGCAACUCAGCAGUAUGUGGACAGAAUCCGUCACGUGGGGCAGCAUGAACCAGAGUUGCUGGUGGCCCACGCUUACACACGCUACAUGGGGGACCUCUCAGGUGGCCAGGUGCUGAAGAAGGUGGCCCAGAGGGCCCUGAAGCUGCCUCCUACUGAAGAAGGAAUACAGUUCUACAUGUUUGAAAACAUUUCCAAUGCACAACAGUUCAAGCAGCUCUACAGAGCAAGGAUGAAUGCGCUGGACUUGGACAAGAACACUAAGGAAAGGAUUGUAGAAGAAGCUAACAGGGCUUUCAAACUGAACAUGCAGGUAUUCGAUGAACUGGAGAAGACUGGCCUGUCUCUAGCAGACGAAGCCCAAGAUGGAGGUGUCCCAGUCCACGAUGGAAAAGGAGACAUACGCAAAUGCCCUUUCUAUGCAGACAAACUAGGUGGCACGGCAGGAGCUGGCUGUCCCUAUCACACUGCCAUGUCCUUGGCAAAGCAGCCCCUUGUGCAGCUGAUCCUCGCGGCCUGGGUCGCCCUGGCAGCAGGAGCUGCAGCCUGGUACGUCAUGUGAUGGGAAGAGCAACCUGCAGCUCUGGUGGUGGCAGAAGGAGAGGGGCACCCUGUCCUCCUUCAGACUGUUCUGCUGCUGCUGGCAGAGUUGCCUGCAGGGCACAAGUAAGACAAUAAACAGAAUCCAGCGGGACUCCCCAGGGUUUUCUGCACACCCAUAAUGCAAGCACUGUAAAAUAAUGUCAUAGCUGACUAGUGUACAGGAUGCGCUGGUGAGCGGGUAUGUGGAUUCCAGGUCAGCGCUGCUGCUUCAGACCGGGGCAACUUUAAGGCUCUAACUGUCUCAUCCUACCUAUACUGGCAAAGGCUUCACAUGCUUGGCUUUCUAUUCCCCUUCCUGGAAGGGGUCCCUGUGGAGAGUUUUCUGCCCUGAGCUUCAAGCCAGGAAGGUGUCAUUAGUCUUUUCAUAGAGGAGCAUUCAGUUUCCUAUCAAGAGGAGCUGGUGGAGAGGUACCACGGUGCUGUAGUGGCCGUGCUGCAGGCUGUUAGUUCACAGGAGGAAUGCRUUGCUUGUUCUAGUGUCCUGGGGACCAAACGUAACCUGUGUCGUGGGAAGGAUUCUGCCCUCUUAGCAGUGGCUCGAGG